GUGUGGAGAGUGCACUGAUGAGGACACUGUGGCUGGAAGGCUCAGUCAUGGCAGGAGCAGAUCACUGCACCAACAUAGACGAGCUGAUGAGACACUACUACCUCCCUGUGUGCUAUGGCGUCAUCUUCAUCGUGGGUCUCGUGGGUAACGUCACAUCCAUCGGCAUUUACGUGACCAAGCUGCGUCCGUGGAAAAGCAGCAACAUCAUCAUGGUCAACCUGGCUCUCACCGACCUCUUCUACGUCCUCAGCAUGCCGUUCCUGAUCUACUACUACAGCAACAAGGAGUCCUGGACCCUCGGCGACUUCAUGUGCCGCUUUGUGCGCUUCGGGUUCCAUUUCAACCUGUACGGGAGCAUCCUGUUCCUCACGUGUUUCGCCAUUUUCCGGUACGUGGUGGUGAGUAAGCCUUUGAUGGCGGCGCAGGUGCAGCAGAAGUUAUGGGGCAUGAUCGCGUGCUCUGUCGUGUGGAUCAUCGCUGUCGCUGAAAUCGCACCGAUGCUGACGAUGAUAUCGUUGGAUGUGCGCGAGAACAAGACGUACUGUUUGGACUUUGCUAGCACCAUACCCUACGAGGUGCGUUGGUACGGCUGGUUGCUCACUGCGCUUGGGUUUCUACUUCCGCUAGUGGUGGUUUUUAUGUGCUACAUCGGUAUCGUGAAACAGCUAGCAAAAGGGCCGCACACGAAUAGUCCAUGUCGGAUGCGAGCUCGGCGCGUCACAGUGCUGAUCCUUGUUGUGUUCGUGGUGUGCUUUCUGCCGUAUCACAUCUUGAGGGUGUUACGCAUAGAAACUCGAACGCCGCACAAUGCGCCUUGUACAGCAGUGGAGCGCAUUAUACAUGCUGCGUAUAUCAUCUCCAGACCGUUAGCUGGACUCAACACUUUCUUUAACCUGGCUUUGUACACUCUCUCUGGUGAUAAAUUUAGAAAAGCCUUCCUCAACACUUUUUGCCGGGAAAGCUGGCUGACCAAGGCCAGGUCACUGCUCCAUCUGGCAAUCAUUAACAAGGCGGACAGUGACAUGCCUGCUGUGUGACUGACUGCAGUGCAACACCUGACUGUCUUUGAUGUCUUUUACAUUCACACUAUGGACACACUGUCAACACGCCCACUCAGGCAGUAUGUCAGGAAAAGCUGUGAGGCAGCUGUGGAUUCUUCCGUGACCCUCCCUGAGACAAUAGGUAGUUUCGGUUUCUCUCAAGUUGGAGCCGCAUACCACCCGCUGAAAUGUAAACAUAAAUCACUAAAGCUUAAUGCUUUAAGUGUCUUUUGAGUGUAACCUUUGUACUUACCUUUUCUUUCUCUGGCUGGAAAUCACGUACGUAUAAUUUACCCAUCUAACAGCAUAAUGGAGUCCUUUGUUGGAGCAGCAAAAAUAGCCGUGGAAAUAAGAGGUUUCAGUUCCUUCACAUAAGUUUCAAAGACAAGUUUCCAUUUACUUUGACCUGCUAACUUAUUGUGGCUGCUUUAAAAUGUGUGAUUUUAUCAUCAAACUGAACACUAUGUAAGCUUUCCCCUGCAGUGUCUUCAUUAAACUCUGUACAUG